AUGGCAGCCCAUGAUCUCAGCCCUCUCUUGGCAAUGCAGCACGAGAUGCUGGGCCGAAUCUCAUUGUCCUCUUCAUGUCCAUCCAUAUCAUUUGUCGAGAGAUCCAACAAAGUGUUUGAAGGCGAUCAUAAGCAGGCAGGAAAGAUGGCAGCGCUGGCCUUGAUUAAGGGUUGCAUCGAUGUCGCCAUCAACACGAAGAAGGCGGUGGAUUUCUUCAAGACGAUGGGCAAGUCGGAGGAAGAGGCGUUCUACUUCUGGCGGAUGCUCGACGCCUUGACGGCUCCGCUCGAGCUGGCCAUCGCACUGAGGAGGCGAGUUUGGGAGGAAGGGGAGGAAGGAGAGCGAGCGAACUGCGCCAGCUAUUGCAUCCCCUGCGCUUAUUGGGCAGGGAUGGUUUGCCACGAAAGUUCAUACUGGGGACUCUAUUGGCACCAGACGAAGGGCAAUGGGAAAAAUGCUUCAAUGGAAGAGAUAGCCUGGUACUUCAACUUGACUGUGUCAAAGUGCUCUGCUGCCUUCGAUGCCUUGAGCACUGGGACCGUGUACUUCCCUUCUUUGUCUCCGGCGAUCUCGUACAGCUCACGAAUGCUCUUCGCGUUGUUGACAGUGUCCGGGAUGCAACGCCAUUCAACGCUGCAUGACGUGGAUGCUGUUGUAGAAUUAGCAAGGUACACCAUCGCAAGGUGUGAACUGUUGGUGGACCGCGACGGAGAGGGUCUUCCCGACGACGAUUCGUCGGGGGCAUGGAAAGAAUGGCUCAACGGCAAGAAGGAUGGAGUCUCGAGACUGCAGAUCAUGCGUGAGCUGCUACCAAAACUGCAGAUGACUCACCAGGCUCUGACCCUGGCGCUCACUUCGAUAAGAAUCAAGCAUGAUAGCGAUACUUUGAAGAUCCGCUCCCCCUUCUCGUUCAUUCCUCAUGCAACCGAUGUAGCUGUGGAGGUUUACCAUGACUUUGAAUUCGGCAGGGUUGAAAGCCACAUCAUGAUCGCAAUGGGGGAGAUCUACAAGUCAACACAAACACCAGCCGCUGCCAGAGCAAUAAGAACUCCGCAGCAAAUGAAAUUCGCGAGCGAUCUCGACUCGAGCAAACUGGACGAUAGCGGAGUGAGCGAAGGGGAACCCACGGCGCACGGGGAUCUCUCUUUGAGCGAGGACCUUUCCUUCGCGCGCAAGUGGAUGGAUGAGGUUGUGAUCCCUGAGCUCGAGGUCGACGAGAGCGACAAGAAUCGCCUGGUCUACAAGCUCGGCCAGGAGUACCUGAUCGCGUUCGAGAGCACUGCCAACAUCUCCGCGGAGACGUUCGAAGCUAUCAUCUGCAUCGGGAAAUGCCUGCAGCCCUCCAGCAGAGCGCAAAGUCGCAAACCGACAUGCAUAGCCGACCUGUCGCUGGACGACAGGAGAUGGUGGAAGGCGCAGCUGGAGAAGCAGCUGGGGCCUUUCUAUGAGCAGGAGAGUCACGAGGAUGUCAACAGCAUAAUCAGGUGGGCGUCAGUUGUAACAUUUGAAGUGUUGAACAAAGUUUGCACAGUCCCAUCAGGGAACAGCUGA